AUGACGUCAGAAGCAAAGUAAUCCUAGAAGGAACCUCUCUUGAAACAUGAGCCAAUCACAGUUUCCAGCAUCUAUAAGCUCUACCCAGAAGAGCUUGUAAAGUUAUUUGAAGAAAGUAAUCUAAAAUCAUCAGGAUCAAGUUACUAACAAGGUUCUAAGAGUCUGAAUCUUUUAGUAGAGCACGGUUAUGGCCCAGGUCUACUCAAAAAACUUGCAACAGAGGCUGUCGUAAGUGGAUUAGCUUCCUUAUUCUUUUCUUUUUAGACUGGUAUUAUUGGAGACAAAAAUGAUAUCAAGCGCAGAAAAUUAUACUUUGGCAAAAAUACAAAACCACUCGCUUAGGUGCCUACAUUGAAGGAAAGCAUCAAAGAAGCAUUAGACAAUAGAAUUCUUUUGAGUUUAGGUAUCGCUGCCUUCCUAACAAUUAUAACUGGUAUGGUCUCUUAAGGACCAAAAUGGGGUUGGAUUGAAGGUGUAUCAAUUUACUUCGCCAUCUUAGUUAUUGUCACUUUGACAUCACUAAACGAUUGGGUUAAAGACAAGCAAUUCGUGAGACUUCAAAGUUUAGUUAAGGAUGAAGAUAUUGCCGUAAUCAGAGGCAAACAUGGAGCCACUCAAUCAGUAAAUAUAUACAAAUUGGUGGUUGGAGAUAUCAUUCUUCUCGAGACAGGAUCAAGAGUUCCAGCAGAUUGCUUGCUUCUUGAAGGGCAAGAUCUAUCCGUUGAUGAAACUAAUUACAAUGAAGAUAGCAAGAAAGCCACCAAAAAAACUGCUGCAUCAAGUGAAAAUCCAGAUGCUGAUCCAUUCCUACUUUCAAAUAGUCUUAUUGCCACUGGUACUGGUAAAGCUGUCGUUCUAGUCGUCGGAGAGAAGAGCAGAAGAGGAAUGGACGAAGAGAAACUCGACACUCAAAGCAAAACUCCCCUUCAAGAGAAGCUUGAAAAUUUAGGAGGUCACUUCACCAGAAUUGGUCUCUACGGAUCUGUCGCUAUUUUCUUGGCUCUCCUUGCGAACUUCAUCAUUAGAGUAUCUUCAUUUGAAGAGUACAGAGAGACUGGUUUGAUUCUCAAGAGCAUCAGUGAUAUGCUAACUUAUGCUAUUGUUAUCGUUAUUGUUGCUGUUCCAGAGGGUCUUCCACUUGCUAUCACACUUUCUCUAGCUUACUCAGUUAUGAGAAUGAAGAUCGACGGUGUCUUGGUCAGAAAUUUAGAUUCACCAGAGGAAAUGGGUAAAGUCGAAGAAAUCGUUACUGGUAAGACUGGAACUAUUACCCAAAGUAACAUGAAAGUAGACUAAUUCUAUUCUCAAUCACUUCUUAUUAAGAACACAAGAAAAAAUACCCUCUUCAACUGCGAGCUCUAGGAUCACUUGAUCUAAUUGAUUCAAGAGUCAAUUCUAUACAAUUGCGAUGCCAGAAUUGAGAUGGACGAUAAGGCUUUCUAUGUUCCUGUAGGAAAUGGAACAGAAACUGGAUUCAUCAGAUUCUUACAAGAUGCUGAAAUUGAAGUUCACGAUAUGAUUAAGAGAAAGCUCGGCAGAAUAGAGGCUGUUGUUCCCUUCUCAACAUUAAGAAAAAGAUCACUCACCGCUGUUAGACAUCCAGAUCAUGAUGAUUUUGUCAGAGUUUAUAUUAAGGGCGCACCAGAAAUUAUUGUAUCUAAAUGCUCAAGAACUUUCCACAUUGAUGGUAAAGUUAUUCCCCUCGAUGAUAACCAAGCUAACUACAUUUUAAGUGAUAUUCUUAUCCAAAAGUUCACUACCUGUGGUUAUAGAACUCUUGCCUUCGCUUAUAAGGAUAUUCCUCUUGAAGAAUUUGAAAAUCUUAAAGCCAUGAACAAUUAAUUCGUCACCGAGGAUGAUAGAACUGCUCUUGAAAAAGAUCUUACUUUUGUAGGUAUUUUUGCUCUUCAUGAUCCACUCAGAGAUAAAGUCAGACAAUCAGUUCAAUUUGCUACAAUGGGACAAAUCACAACUAGACUUGUAAGUGGAGAUCACAUCGAAACCGCUAAGGCUGUUGCAGUUCAAGCUGGAAUUAUGGACAGAGCUGAAAACUAUACCUGUCUAACUGGAGAAGAAUUCAGAAACCUAGUUGGAGGUAUUAGACAAGAGUUAUAAGAAGAUGGAUCAAUAAAGUACGUCCUUGAAAGAGAACCUGAGUUCAGAAACUUGGUGAAUGGAAAAGAUACUAAGAAACCAUUGAGAGUUAUUGCCAGAGCCACUUAAUAUGACAAGUACUUACUUGUUGUUGGAUUAUCCAAUCUUGGAAGAUCUGUUGCAACUAUUGGGGAGGGACUUAAUGAUGUUGAUGCUCUCAAAGCUGCCAGUGUUGGUUUCGCAAUGGGAAGUGGAGUCUCAAUUGCUAAGGACAGCUCAGAUAUGAUCCUAAUCAAGGAUGAUUUCUAAGCAACCAUGAUGGCUGUUAUGUGGGGUAGAAAUAUCUACUUGAAUGUAAGAAGAUUCAUUCAAUUCUAAGUUACUGUCAACCUUUCCACUCUUCUAUUUGUUCUACUUGGAUGCGCAACUAAAGGUUAAUCACCACUUUCUGUUGUCCAACUUCUAUGGAUUAAUCUUAUCAUGGAUACUUUUGCCGCAAUCGCUCUUGGAUCUGAAAGACCACACCCCUCUGUUAUUAAGAGUGGACCAGUUAAAGGUGGAGAUGACCUAAUUACUGGUACUAUGCUAAAGCAAAUUUAUGGAAUGAGUAUCUAUAUUUUCAUUAUGUCAACCAUACUUUACUUCUUUGUUGAUGAUAUGUGGGAUAUUGGCUAUGAAAAUUCCAGCACUAUGUACAACUCUGAUGGUAUUCCCACAAAUAAGGCUCGUGUUUACACUAUGAUUUUCAACUCAUUCGUCUGGAUGCACAUCUUCAAUGAGUUCAACUGCAGAAAGGUUGGUACCACCCAAUACAACGUAUUUAAAGGUCUCAUUUAAAAUUGGGUCUUCCUUAUUGUCAUGGCUGUUAUUAUUCUCCUCCAAUUAUUCUUUGUUUAAUACUGUGGUAGCUUGACAAGCACAACCUCUCUUACUGGCUAAGAACACGCCUUCUGUAUCCUGAUCGGCUCAACUACUUUACUCGUUAGUUUAUUGUUAAAGCUUCUUCCUAAUAGGCUCACUAGCAAAAUUCCAAACUUGGUCAACGAAAACUAAUCAGUCAACGACGAUAAGUUCAUGGCUGCUUUCAAUAAGCAAGCUAAUGCCAAGGUAACAAAAAGAGAAUGA